AAGACGAGCACCGUUCGCUCCACAGCGAAUCGCCGAGUCUCGUGGACGCUUCUCGUCUCCAUCUCUCGUUUCCUAGCUGGAGUCCCCAUCCGUCUCGCCCCUGUUCUUGUUCGCCGACGAUCUUGGAAGCCCAAUUCAAAUUCGAUUCCAGGAUUUUCCUUCUGUUUUAUUAGAGACUGGCUUAGUAGCUACGCGAACGAACAAGAGGCUCAAGCUCAUAUACUGGAGGGCCAGGACUAGGAUUUUGCUGCAUUAAGCAAGCAAGCCUAGAGCCAAAACACAAAGCUAAAAGGACAGGCGUACUUGUGGGUACAUCUUUGCCUUGAGAAGAAGAAGAAGAAGAAGAAGAAGAAGAAGAAGAUGGGUUUUUGGACACUGUUUGAGGUGGCAUCAAUGCCAAUGGUGCAAGUUCUGCUGAUCAGUGUGUUGGGAGCUUUCAUGGCAACUGAAUAUUGCAGUCUUCUCACUGCAGAUGCAAGGAAGUCCUUGAACAAGAUGGUGUUCAUGGUGUUCACUCCAUCUCUGAUGUUUGCCAGUCUGGCGAGGACCGUCACUUUCCAAGACAUUAUCUCUUGGUGGUUCAUGCCAGUGAACAUUGCCAUCACCUUCUUGUUCGGAGGGAUGCUUGGAUGGGUAGUCGUGAAAUUGCUCAAGCCCAAGCCAUAUCUAGAGGGCCUGGUGAUUGCUACAUGUGCAUCAGGAAACCUGGGAAAUCUUCUGCUGAUAAUUGUGCCGGCAAUCUGUAAUGAAGACAACAGUCCCUUCGGGGAUAAGAGUGCCUGCAUCUCCGUCGGACUCUCCUAUGCGUCGUUCUCCAUGGCGCUUGGAGGUUUCUUCAUUUGGACUUACACUUACCAAUUGAUACGAUCUUCAUCGGUGAAAUACAAAGAGCUUCAACCAGCGGACGAUUUCGCAAAGCAGCCCAAUAAGGACUUCGACUCUAAUGGGAGCACACACCUGCUCAUAGGAGAAGAUCGAGAGCCAGUAGCAAUAAGUGUGCAGUCCACAAAAUCUGUUGAAGAUGUGGAAGACCAAGCUGACAUAUCUCAAGAAUCAAGCAGCGAGUCCAACAAAGAAUCAGUGACCCUCUGGGGUAAAUUGGUAGGAGUUCUUCACUCGAUCUUGGAGGAGUUGCUUGCGCCUCCAACCCUCGGUGCUAUAUUGGGAUUCAUCUUCGGGGCUGUUCCGUGGCUGAGGAAGCUCAUUAUAGGCAACAGCGCCCCGCUCCGAGUGAUCCAAGAUUCCAUCAAAUUACUGGGUGAUGGAACUAUACCUUGCAUUACCCUCAUACUUGGAGGCAACCUCACUCAAGGCCUGCGCUCUUCGAGAAUCAGACCCUCGGUCAUCCUUGGCGUAAUAUCUGUUCGGUACAUGAUACUCCCAGCGAUCGGCAUCUGGGUCGUCAAAGCAGCUGACCAUCUCGGCUUCCUUCCGCCAGACCCUCUCUACCAUUAUGUGCUAAUGAUCCAAUUCACGCUGCCGCCAGCCAUGAAUAUCGGGACUAUGACUCAGCUGUUUAAUGUGGGUCAAGAGGAGUGUUCAGUUCUCUUCCUGUGGACGUACUUGGUUGCUGCACUAGCGCUCACUUUCUGGUCGACCGUGUACAUGUGGAUCUUGUCCUGAGAAUUCUUCAGCUCAAGCAGGGCCGACCCAAUCGGCGUAGUGGAUUGUUUGGGCAGGCAUUAAUGCGUCGCCGGGUCAAUAGAGUCAAUCAUUUUAUUUAUGGCGUAGGCUUUGUUCCAAUUAUUGCUUGUAAUCAGUAGCUAAAUUCGUCAUCGUUUGCUCCUCACUGUAAACUCGGGAGAACACAGGUCUUGGCUGAAGCCAUUCAUAGUAUGGUUAUUUUCUGCCACGUUCUUUGUUGUGGGAAGGUACUUGUAGGUGUUCCCUUUGGCCAUGCCAAUUAUGCAAAUUCUUCGUGA